CGAGAUGUGAUUAAAAAAAUGACAUGAAUCGUACAGAUUUCUUAAUUUCACUAUUGUCGCAUACGACAACUGAAUGGCGAGUGGUUGGACCAACACGACUCUUAGAAGGCACGUGACUUUUCAUACGCUCGUCAGUCGUACGAAAUUCAAGAAUAUUGAAUCUCAUUCGACAACGCCCAAGAAUUGUCGUAUACGACUAAUAAAUAGCGCCGUUCAAGAAUUUCACUUCCGGAACGACUACCACAAUAUACCCGAUACCGUCCAUUAAUCUGUAUGUCUAUUGUCGAUUGUGUCUAUUGUUCCGUUCGACGAAGAGGUGCACUCUCCCCGACACCCGUCCGUCAUAUAUCUACGGAUAACCUAUAUCAGUGAUUUCGAAUUAUAGCCGGUAGAGUCGCGCCGAUCACCAAACACGUUUCUUACCGUGCACAUGCCGGGUUCUGUGAACAGUAAUCAGUAUUCACUAUUCAGUAUUCAGUAUCAGUCCGUCAUUUCCACAGUCAUGUUUGGUGUCGCGGGUUGCUGUCCGUGAGAGUCUUGUUCUGUGCACAAGAACGCGUCCGGUAGUUGCCGCCGCCACCGCUAGGACUAUCGCCCUGGACAGCGCACAUUUUUAAAAAUUAUAUGGUAUUUUAUUUAAAUGAAAAAAUUUGGUUUCUCUUCUGGUGAAUAUUUUGAUAGCCAAGCAAGAUAUAUAAUCUUGCUAUCCAUUCAAAUUUUCUAAAAAUUGAUGUGAAAAUAGAGUAAUUUUAUUUAAUGAUUGUAUGAGGCAUUUCAUACAAAAUACUAACAUAUAUUAACAUCAGAAAAUAUGAGUAAUAAUAUGAAAACUACAAAAGAUAGAAGAAAAAAAAUCCAACUAAAUGACAAAAUUAAAUACCAUACUAGAUUGCAACAAAAAAAAUUAAACCAACAUGAGCUAGCAAAAAUUAAAGCAGAAAAGCAUGAAUCAAAAAAUAUUAAAACUAAAGUUAAUAAACAAUUAACAAUAAAUAUCAAUGCCAAAACCCCAGAUAGUUCUGAAUCAUCGAUAAAUUUCAUUGGACCAUCUACUUAUGAACAGUCUAUUAAAAUCUCAAAUGAAAGAAAACAAAAAAAUUGGAACAAAAGUUUUAUGGAAAGAAAGAAAAAUAAAAAAAGUAGAAAAUCUAAUGUUCAACCUUUCCUUAAAAUUAACAAAAAGUGUUUCAAUAUAUCACUAGAUGACAUAUAUUAUAAAAACAAUUUUAUACUAACUCAUAGUUUUAAUAUCAAUGAGUUUUUAGACUCGUUUAAAUUUCUAUCAAGUCCAGAAGUUAAAGUUCUUGAUCAAACUUAUAAUAGUUAUUAUGAUCGUACUUUUUUUUUUUGUGAAGACAACUAUGUUUUUAAGCCUAAUGAUUGUAUUAAAAAAGAAAAUGAUGUGCAUAACUUAGAACAAAGUAUUUCUAUAAACCAAAAUAAUAGUGAUAACAAUCACAAUUUGAAUAUUUUUAAACUUUUAUUGCUUCAGUAUUGGUGCUUUUACGAUUUUAAUACACAAACAUUAUUUUCUAAAUUAAAUGAAUCAAAAAAAUCAGAAACAAAUUAUUCUGAAAUGCUUGAAUCAGACAUAAUAUCAUCAGCACAUACAAUAUAUUCUAAAUUUAUUACUACAAAAGAAGCAUCAUUACUCGGACAAUUAUUGAGUUCUGAAAUACCUAUACCUGGAAUAUCUGUAUAUGAAAAAGCGUGUUUUUUAUAUGAUUCAUUUUCCUUUAAAACACGAAAAAUAUAUUCUUUAAUAACAACAAUAACAAAAGUACAAUCAACCCAAAAUUCGAAUUCUAAGAUGAUUGAUAUGAAAAAAACAUCAAAAAUAUUUACCAAAUUGUUUAAAAUGAAAACAUUACUACCUUCUCAUGAAAUAUAUUUUGAAAUUACUUAUAUGGGCAAAGGAUUAAGUCUGCCAAAAACUUAUUCCGAGGUAACAACAAAAUUUAGAUUAUCUCUGCCAAUAAUUUAUUUCAAAAAUACUAAAAAAAAAGUCUCAAAAAAACUUGAUUUAUCUCUAAAUGAGUUAUUAUAUUCUAAAUUAGCUAAAACAAAACAAGAUUCGCCUGCAGAUAAAUUAUAUUUUAAAGCAGAAAAUGCAUCAUUUUCAUAUUCAAAUUUGAUUGAACUUAUAGACGAACCACGUUCACAACUAGAAACCAUUUUCAAUUUGAAUGUAACAGAGAGGAAAUAUUAUUUAAAAACAUACUCUAGGAAGAAUUUAAAGAAGAAAUUGUCUUUGCUAAAAUCAUAUUCUAAGGUUAUUGUGCAUAGUAAAAUUUUUCUCUUAAAAACAUUUUCCAAAAAGAAUAUAAGAGAUCAAAAAUAUAUAUUAGAAAUAUACAGCACACUUUUUGAAGCGACUAUAAAGGAAAAAUGUAUCAAGAAUGCAUCUAACAUCAACUUAUGUGUCAUCACUCAGAGUAGUCAAGUUAUUAGAAUUGCUAAUGAAGAUAAUUUUGAACAAUUAAAUCAUUAUCAAUCUAGUUCAGAUACCACUCACUUAAUUGGAUCCGAUUCAUGUUUGUAUGUUGAUUGUUACAAUUCCAAAAAAAAAAAAACUUCUCUAAUGAAUCUUAGAAAAUGUGCAUGUAUUGUAACGACUUGUGAAAAAAACAUAUCUCAUGUUUUUAGAUCAAAAUGGAUAACAAUAUUAAAACCUUUACUUUUAAUAAAUAAGAUCAACUUAAGAGUUCAAACUAAUGAGGAAGAAGCAACGCAUAAAAUUCCUAUUUGCAAUGAACAUUAUCAACAGAUACUGCUAAUAGCUCAAUGUCAGUUAUGUGGAAAUCAAGGGAUACAAAGGUUUCCUUUUCAUAAAUCUAAAGUGCAUGAAUAUCAAUCCGUUCUUAAUGAGGAAGAAAUUCCGGUAACAAUAAAAUAUGGCACUAUUGUUUGUAAAUUAUGUGACACUUAUUUAGAAUCACGAAGAAAUAAAACUACAAAACUAUCAUUUGAAAAUGAAAAAAGCUAUGACUCUACUAGAGUAAGGAUCAUGAAUCAUCUAUCGAAAAUAAAAAAAAUAGAUAACUCUGAAAUAAAUAUUAAAAAAACGGAGGAAGAUGAUCAAUUGUUAUUGGUUAAAUCUCUGCCAACAAAGAAAAGAAAUAUUUUCACUCCAGAUUCUUCUAUGGUAUUAAAACCUGUAUCAUCAGCAAUAGAAUUUGCCAAUACUACAACAACCGUUAUAACGACUACAAUAGGAACAAAGCCACUAAUGACAACAAGAACGAUGACUAUGGCAACUAUGUCUACAGUGUUAACUAGCACAACAGAAAGUGCAUCACUGUUAGAAUUCAAUCAAAAAACACAACCAACAUUCAACCCAUCUGUACCAAGAACUAUAAAAGAACCUGUAACUACUAAUUAUAGAAAACAUUCUUUGACAGUUCAUAAGGUAACUACACCAGAUCACAGAAUUACAAUUCCAGUUGAAAAACCUGUGUCCCCUAUUGAUAAAGUUGAUAAAUCUAUGACUCAAAUUAAAAAAACUAAAACUCGAACUUCUAAGCCUAUGAUUCCAGUUGAUAGAUCCACGACUCUAGUUAAUAAACCUACGAUUUCAGUUGAUAAACCUAUGGUUGCCGAUCACAAACAAAAAUUUGUUUUCACCCCGGUUCUAAAAUCGAUAAAUACUUCGAAAUUUUAUGUACCGAAAGAACAUGUGAAAACUCCAAAUUCAGUUUCCCCAAUAAAAAUACCGACUAUUGUACAAACCGAUCAAUUGCUUAAUAAUUCAUUAGAUUCACGGUCUAAGUCACCGCUCACUGAGUUUCCCAAGUCAAGUCACCAACAAACUUCAAAACUUUUAUCGACCACACCAGACGUAAUCCAAUUUUAUAAAAAUCUCAAGGACACUUAUCCUGACGGAAAAGCAUUUGUCAACAAUUUAAUGAAAUUAGAAACAUGCCGCAAUCUAGGAUAUUUUACCGUAAAAAACUGAAACAAUUCACCAUCAACGAAAAUCUUGUACUGCAACCACUCCUCUUCAUAUGAUGCACUACCUUUCAAAACCUAAAAAAUAACUAACUUCAUCACGUAUCUACAAUUAUAACAACGGUCUUACAAAUAAUGACAACUUGAAUAACAAAUGUGUUAUAAGUAAAAACGAUAAAGGUUCAGAUUCACUCUUUAUCCCUGUUAAAACAACCUAUAAAUCUUACAAUAAGCCUAAGUUAGAGUCCAUUUCACUCAAAAACGUUAUCCAUAAGUUAUCUCAGCAUAACGAUACCAGCGAUAGCAAAAAACCAGCCAUUGCUUUACGCACAAAUGCUACUGAUAUGCCUAUAAUUACCACUAACUAUGCAGUUAUCCCUAUUCUCACAACUACUAUCACUACCACAGCCACUGAGUCUUUAGCCAAUGUCGUCUGUGCUACGUCGUCUAUUUUAUCCACGAUCUCUGAAGCAAUCACAGCUAAUGAAGUGCUAACUACUAUCGAAAUGGAUUCUAUAGCAACCAACACCAGCUUUAAUUACUGCCGUCGCUGACUCUACCGCAACCAUUAUGAAUACCAAAAUCCUUGUCAUUACUGAUCUGAUACGGUUACCAUCACAUCAGACAUCACUUAUACCGUUAAUGGCUUUACUACUAUCGCUAACGCUACCGACUUCGAAGAACCUACCACAACAAAUAUUGCCUCCGCAGUUUCCUCAACCAUUCAAUUACAGCAAUUACAACAACUGUAAUUCACGAUACCAACUCGGCUAAAAUUAACUCUGAAUCAUCUACAAUUCCCAAUUUAAUUUCUACCGAAUUUCCUAAUGUCGUUGACGCAUUCACCACAAUAUCUAACGCCUCACAAUUUACUUUUAAUGAAAACUCUGUAAACAAAUUAGUUCCCGCAAAUUCAAUAGAAAGUAUACACAAUGAUAUUACCAAUAUUUCUACACCGAUAUCGUCAGACAUCGUUAAAGCAUUCGCAGCUGAAUUGUUAUCGUCGUCGUCAAGUAAAGUAAAGCAGUUAUCCGACUAAGCUAAAAUUGACUCUGAAUCGUCUACUAUUACCAAUGUAAUUACUACUGAAUUUCCUACUUCAACUAUUAUUGCCGUUGACGCAUUCACCACAAUUAACGCAACCACUGAUAUCUUAGGUAUCACUACCACCAUAGCGGCCAUUUCUACGACCACAAUAUCUAACGCUUCACAAUGCAUGUCUAAUGAAAAUAGCGUAGACAAAUGAAUUCCUUAAACUCCAACUCAAAGUAUUAUUAAUGAUAUCAAAAAUAUUUCCUCUCCGACAUCGUCAAACAUCGUUAAAGCAUAUACUACUGAACUGUUAUCGUCGUCGUUGAGUAAAAUAAAGCAGAUAUUUGCUAUCAAUAAACCAAAAUAUUCUUUAAAACAUAUCAAUAUCAAACGGUUGAACAUAAUAAAAUUAAAAGAAGCUAUAAUACUUGAACUAUACUAUUAUUAAAUUAACAUAACCAACUCUGUUAUUGAACCCUACAUUUGUAUAAUGUAACAAAAAUUGAAUUUUUUUAAUGUAUUUAUGACGUUGAUUUCAUUGUAUGCAUAAUUUUCUUUUAAUUUCUUUUGUAAUGAAUGAACUAAUGUGUGCAAUAAAGUAUUAAAUGUCUGAAUAUUUUAUUGCACAAUAAUUAAUUAAAAAUAUCUUUUAAAA